AUGGCAGAGUGCAAGCCUUGCUCCACUCCAGUUGACACCAAUCCGAAGAUUGCUGCAGCUGACGGGGCCCUAGUGUCUGAUGCCACAGACUUUCGCAGUCUUGCUGGUGCUCUACAGUAUUUGACAUUCACCCGCCCAGACAUUGCGUAUGCCGUUCAGCAGGUGUGCCUUCAUAUGCAUGACCCUCGAGAGCCUCACCUUGCUACUCUGAAGCGAAUUCUCCGGUACAUCCGAAGCACACUUCAUCUUGGUCUACUGCUGCGUCCAUCUUCCUCUAUGGAUCUUGUCGUCUACACUGAUGCCGAUUGGGCUGGUUGUCCAGACACUCGUAUGUCCACCUCGGGCUAUGCAGUGUUCCUCGGUGAUAACUUGGUUUCCUGGUCAUCCAAGCGGCAGAACACAGUAUCAAGAUCCAGUGUUGAGGCCGAGUAUCGCGCAGUGGCUAAUGGAGUUGCAGAAGCCACCUGGCUGCGACAGCUUCUCAUCGAGCUGCACACGCCCCUCAGACGCGCCACGAUGGUGUAUUGUGACAACAUCAGCGUAGUCUACAUGUCCUCCAAUCCAAUUCAGCAUCAGCGUACAAACCACAUUGAGAUUGAUCUUUACUUCGUUCGAGAGCGAGUUGCCAUGGUGAUCUUAGUGUCCUGCAUGUUUCCACUUCUUCACAAUAUGCGGAUAUCUUCACCAAAGGGCUGCCUUCUUCGGUCUUCACAGAGUUUUGGUCCAGUCUAA